ACAAAAGAGGCUCCAACAACAACAACGGCUGCUCCCACUACGACCACAGCUGCUCCAACUACAACCACAACUUCUCCCACUACGACCAUAGCGGCUCCAACUACAACCACAGCUCCCCGUAAAACUACCACAGAGAAUCCAACAGCAACCAGUGCUUCUCCCACUACGACCACAGCUGCUCCCACUACAACCAAAGCUUUCCCUACAACUACCACAGAGGUUCCAACAACAACCACAGCUGUUCCGUCUACAACAACCACAGCUUAUCCCACUACAACCACAGCUGAACCUACAACUACGGCUUCCCAAACAACUACCAAAGAGUUUCCAACAACAACAGCCGCUCCUACUACAACAUCAGCUGCACCUAUAAUAGCAACACGGGCUCCAAAAACAACAGCCGCUCCUACUACAACAUCAGCUGCACCUACAACUACAACAGAGAAUCCAACAACAACCACAGCUGCAUCUACAACUAAAACAGGUGCUCCCACUACAACCAGAGCUACACCUACAACUACAAAUGAGGCUCGAACAACAACAACGGCUAAUCCCACUACGACCACUGCUGCUCCAACUACAACCACAACUUCUCCCACUACGACCAUAGCUGCUCCAACUACCACCAGAGCAACCCGUAAAACUACCACAGAGAAUUCAACAGCAACCAGUGCUUCUCCCACUACGACCACAGCUGCCCCUACAACUACCACAGAGGUUCCAACAACACCCACAGCUGUUCCGUCUACAACAACCACAGCUUAUCCCACUACAACCACAGCUGAACGUACAACUACAGCUUCCCAAACAACUACCACAGAGGCUCCAACAACAACAGCCGCUCCUACUACAAUAUCAGCUGCACCUAUAAUAGCAACAAGGGCUCCAAAAACAACAGCCGCUCCCACUACAACAUCAACUGCACCUUUAAUAGCUACAGAGGCCCCAACUACAACCACAGCUGCUCCAACUACAACCACCGCUCCCCGUAAAACUACCACAGAGAAUCCAACAGCAACCAGAGCUUCUCACACUACGACCAGAGCUGCUCCAAAUACAACCACAGCUUCUCCCACUACAACAACAGCUGCACCUCCAAAUUCCCCAACAACUACCAAAGAGGCUCCAACAACAACAGCCGCUCCUAUUACAACAUUAGCUGAAUCUAUAAUACCAACAGAGACCCCAACUACAACCACAGCUUCUCCCACUACAACCACAGCUGCAUCUACAACUACAACAGAGAAUCCAACAACAGCGGCUGCUCCCACUACGACCACAGCUGCUCCCACUACAACCGCAGCUGCAGCUACAACCACAACAGAGGCUUCAACAACAACCACAGCUGCUCCCAGUACAACCACAGCCACCCCAACAACUACCACAGCUUUGAAACCAACAACCACAGUUUCUCCAACUACUACCACAGCUGCUCCCACUACAACCACAGCCGCCCCAACAACGACAACAGUCGCCCCUACUACAACCACAGAUGCACCUACAAGUACAACAGAGUCUCCAACAAUGACAACAGCCGCUCCUACUACAACCACAGCUGCCCCAACAAAUAUCACAGAGGCACCAACAACAACCACAGCUGCACCAACAACUACAAAAGCUGCUCCGAUUACAACCACAGUUGCCCCUACAACAACCACAGCUGCUCCUACUACAACCACAGCUGCUCCUCCUACAACCAUAGCUGACCCUACAAGUACCACAGCUGCCCCUACAACUACCACAGCAUAUUUUACAAGUAUCGCAACAGCCCCAACCUCUCUAUCACAUUCAACUACAUCCACAACCAAAAUAGCUAUCCCUGCGACACAAACUUCUAGCACUACCAGAUUUACCACCAGUAGCACAGGUGCAUCAACAGAACCCCCUCAACAAAAUGAGGGUUACCUCUUUCUGAGGAUGCGUUUGGUGCGGGUUUUCGUAAUUGAAUAUAACAACCCAAAGUCGUCGCAAUAUCAAGAACUGGCUGCCAAUGUCACAGCUGAGCUGAAUCGGGGAUACAGGAAGCGGUACCCUUUCACUUUCCUGAGAUGCAUAAUUCUUGGAUUUUGGCCUGGGUCAGUGGGUGUCACAGCCAAUUUAAUAUUCCAGAAUGAGAGUGCAGUUCCAAACAUCACCAGUGCAGAAGACUCAUUAAAAACGGCUUUAAAUGAAUCCCUGGUUUUCCUGAAUGUUAUCACUGGCAGUAUUGUUGCAGCUGAACCAACUGCCUCCAGUACUGUAACUCCUACAACUGUGGAGGCAAGUAAUUCCACAGUAGCAUCUACAACCACAAGUAGAGCUGCAAGUACCAGUACAACAACACAAACAGCUCAAACUGCCACAGAACUCACCACCAGCAGUGCAAUGGCAAGGAGCAGACCUGUAGAUAUGGUCACUUUUCUACUACCAAUCACUUGAAUCAACUUUCUGUUCAUUUUGAUGUAGAUCUUUUUAGACUUUUCAGGCCCUUUUCUUCAUAUUUACAUUUACAUUUAGUCAUUUAGCAGACGCUCUUAUCCAGAGCGACUUACAGUAAGU